AAGCGGGGCGCAAAACCUGCGGAGAUUUAAAUGCGCACGGACCGUCACGCCACUCGACAAUCCUUUCACUCAACAGCAGCGAUAUGCCACAAACUUGCGCUUUUUGUUUUUCGAUUGUUGGUUAAAGAAGGGUAAUCUAAAGUAAAGUCCUAGGACUACUGGAACACCACAAUGAAUAAACUCAGUCCUUUCAGUAAUCUUGCCAAGUUUAUCUCAAAGUCGCCUGAUAAUGGGCCAGUCAGUGUGGAGAAGCUCUGCUUGGAAGACUGCAAACCUUUGUGCCGCUGCGGGCCGGACCUUUGCGUUUGUACUUCCUCACAAAAUAGUAAAGGACCGAAGGAAUAUAAGGAGAAAGGAAGUCCACAGGAGGGCUGGACCCCUGAAAAACAUGCUUUUGAUAACCUUGGUUAUGAAUCAGAGGGCCCCAAUGGAUUGAAACAGACUUUGGGGCACCAAUCAGUGGUCGAGGAGACUGAGGUGAAGAUCCAGGUGCAGGGAAUGACAUGUCAAUCAUGUGUUCGUUCUAUUGAGGAGCGCAUUGGAAGUCUUCAAGGUGUUGUUGGCGUCCAGGUGUCUUUGAGCGAUAAAGAAGCCUCUUUGAGGUUUAACCCUGCGAAGGUUACACCUGAGGAUUUGAGAAAACAUAUUGAGGAUAUGGGGUUUGAUGCGUCACUUCUGGUGUUGCCAAGCCAACUACAACCUUCGACGACUGAUUGGUCUGAUGUGACAUUGGGUGUAGAAGGGAUGCAUUGCGGGUCAUGUGUGAAGAACAUAACAGACACCUUGACGGGAAUGUUAGGUGUGAACGCUGUAUUCGUUUCAUUGGAAAAAGGAAGCGUGGAUCUUAGAUUCGACCCAUCUCUGCUAACCCUGGAGACAGUUAAAGGGUUCUUAGAGGAGAUUCCACCAGGGAAUUUUAGGGUUUCCAUUCCUGGUUGGAACUCUACACUGAAUUCCACUAAAAUUCCACUCCAGGGGGUCACCAUUGGAAUUGAAGGGAUGACAUGCAACUCUUGUGUUCAAGCCAUAGAGGGAAUUGUGUCCCAGAAAGCUGGGGUACGCUCCAUAAAAGUUUGCUUAGAGGAAAAGAAUGGAAUUGUAACAUUUGACUCCAGCGUGACCUGUCCAGAAGAACUGCGGGCAGCAAUUGAGGACAUGGGAUUUGAAGCGUGGCUGGAUCAAGAUUCUGGAGUUUGUGAAGUUCCUUCAAGCAGCCAGAUAUCAAGUGGUGUGAAACACCUGCCCUCACAAGGCCACACAUCCAAAUCUGCUCUAAGUGAAAUUACCAAAGAUAAACUCUGUGGCUCAGAGGGAAGAGAGACACGGAAAUGUUUUGUUCAUGUGACAGGAAUGACCUGUGCAUCCUGUGUGGCUAACAUUGAGAGAAACUUGUUGAAACAUGAAGGUGUUAAAUCCGUACUAGUCGCCCUGAUGUCAGGAAAGGCAGAGGUAAAGUAUGAUCCCGGGGUUUUAAACCCAGCACAGAUCGUCCAACUUAUCUCCCGUUUAGGAUUUGGUGCCUCAGUGAUGGAAGAGAAUACAGUCCAGGAUGGUGUCUUGGAUCUCUCUGUCACCGGUAUGACGUGUGCUUCCUGUGUCCAUAACAUUGAGAGCAGACUUUUAAGGACAAAGGGAAUUCUGGAAGCCUCUGUUGCUUUGGCGACAAACAAAGCUCAUGUGAAAUUUGACUCGGAUUUGAUUGGCUCUCGAGAUAUCGUUCGAAUUAUCGAGGGUUUGGGUUUUGGUGUGUCUUUAAUAAAAAACGAGGGACUGAACAACACACUGGACCACCAAGCGGAAAUUCGCCAAUGGAAGCAUUCGUUUCUGUUCAGCCUGGUGUUUGGGAUCCCCGUGAUGGGUCUGAUGAUCUACAUGAUAGUGAUGGACAGUCAACACAAGGAGCAUGGUGGAUCCAUGCCUGUGGACCAGAACAUCCUACCUGGUCUAUCCAUCAUCAACUUGGCCUUCUUCCUGCUCUGCACACCUGUUCAGUUUCUAGGUGGCCGAUACUUCUACAUACAAGCAUACCGUUCGCUAAAACAUGGUGUAGCCAACAUGGAUGUGCUCAUUGUCUUGGCAACCACCAUUGCAUACGUGUAUUCAUUCAUUGUGCUGAUCGUGGCCAUGAUUGAAGGAGCCAAACAGAGUCCUCUGACAUUCUUCGAUACGCCUCCGAUGCUUUUUGUGUUCAUCGCUCUAGGACGCUGGCUGGAGCAUGUUGCUAAGAGUAAAACUUCUGAGGCUCUGGCUAAACUCAUGUCACUUCAGGCCACAGAUGCCACUAUAGUGUCCCUGGGCCGAGACAACAUCAUCAUCAGCGAAGAGCAGGUAUCUGUGGAUCUGGUGCAGAGAGGUGACGUGGUAAAGGUGGCACCAGGGGGGAAGUUCCCUGUUGACGGGAAGGUCAUUGCAGGCACGUCUAUGGCAGAUGAGUCCCUUAUCACUGGAGAGCCAAUGCCGGUCAUUAAGAAACCAGGCAGUUGCGUGAUUGCAGGCUCGAUUAACGCUCAUGGAGCUCUACUAGUGAAAGCCACCCAUGUAGGGUCAGAGACCACGCUCAGCCAGAUAGUUAAACUAGUGGAAGAGGCACAGACAUCAAAGGCACCGAUUCAACAGUUAGCCGACAGAUUGAGUGGCUAUUUCGUUCCGUUCAUAGUGGUCAUCUCUUUGCUAACAGUGGUAGCAUGGCUCAUCAUUGGCUUUCUGGACUUUGACAUUGUGGCAAAGUAUUUCCCUGGUUAUGAGCAAAACAUCUCCCGAACAGAUGUGAUCGUCCGCUUUGCCUUCCAGGCCUCCAUCACAGUUCUGUCCAUUGCGUGCCCCUGCUCUCUGGGUCUGGCAACCCCUACUGCUGUUAUGGUGGGCACAGGGGUGGGCGCUCAGAAUGGCAUUCUCAUAAAGGGCGGAGAACCCCUAGAGAUGGCCCACAAGGUUGGGGCUGUUAUGUUCGAUAAGACGGGCACCAUCACUAAUGGUGUGCCGCAGGUGACCCGAGUACUGGUUCUGUGGGACCGAGCAAGGCUUCCUCUUCGGAAGGUUCUGGCUGUGGUGGGCACCGCUGAGGCCAGCAGUGAACAUCCACUGGGCAUAGCUGUCGCAAAGCAUUGCAAAGAGGAGUUGGGAACAGAAACUCUGGGCUCCUGCCAUGACUUCCAGGCUGUUCCAGGCUGUGGAAUCAGUUGUAAAGUCUCCAACAUUGAGGAUCUGCUGCAGAACAGUCCAAAGACACAAGAAACAAACACACCCGCAGCAAAGCAAACACCACUUGUCACUAUCCAAGGAGCCACCACAGAUGAGAGCAGCUUGGUGGCGGGCACAGAUUCUUGGUCAGAUUGCCCCUCCUACUCUGUUUUGAUCGGGAACAGACAGUGGAUGUUACGGAAUGGUUUGGAGGUCACAUCUGAUGUGGAUGAUGCCAUGAGCAGCCACGAGACUAAAGGACAGACGGCCAUACUUGUGGCCAUUGAUGGUGUCUUGUGUGCUAUGUUAGCCGUGGCAGAUACUGUAAAGCCAGAGUCGGCUCUAGCUGUUCACACGCUGUGCAGUAUGGGAAUAGAGGUCUUCAUGAUCACAGGAGACAACAGACGUACAGCCCGGGCCAUCGCCACACAGGUUGGCAUCAGGAAGGUGUUUGCAGAAGUCUUGCCCUCCCAUAAAGUGGCAAAGGUCCAGGAAUUGCAGGAAAGAGGUCUGAAAGUUGCAAUGGUGGGCGAUGGGGUCAAUGACUCGCCCGCUCUUGCCCAUGCUGAUCUAGGCAUCGCCAUAGGAACGGGCACUGAUGUUGCCAUUGAGGCAGCAGGUAUUGUCCUUAUACGGAAUGAUCUACUGGAUGUGGUGGCCAGUAUCGAGUUGUCUAAAAAAACAGUGCAGAGAAUCCGGAUAAACUUUGUGUUCGCUCUCAUUUAUAACUUGCUUGGCAUCCCUGUUGCAGCAGGUGUGUUCAUGCCUGUCGGGCUGGUGCUGCAGCCGUGGAUGGGCUCUGCUGCGAUGGCAGCUUCCUCUGUCUCAGUGGUGCUCUCCUCUCUACUGCUGCGACUCUACAAGAAAACAUCAGUGGAGGAGUACGAGUCCAGAGCUCAGAGACAUAAGUUCAGUCUGAGUCCAUCUCAGGUCAGCACCCACGUAGGACUGGAAAACCGUCGCUGUAGCCCUCUUUCAUUCCGCCGAAGUUUGGACAGACGCUCAGGCUCCUCCUCCCUGAAAUCAAACUCCUCCCACUCCUCCACAACACAAGCACACAGCACCUGGGGAAGGAACAUUGUGUAAAGCAACUAGCCAAGACUAGACUUCAUCAGAUGACAGUUUGCCGGAAAUAUUUUUAUCAUAGAAUGUCAUAUAAAUUAAAAAAUGUACAAUUUUUAUAUAAUUUUACAACUAUAGAUUUAUGAUACUGUUGCUGCAAUUACUGUUGUUUGAUAGCAGGAAUUUAGCAUGGAAGCUUUCCCCAUGCAUAUUUCGGAAAAGGUUCAAAUUAGGUGAAUCACUCACCGCAAUUGUGUAAGCUGUCUACCACCAAUUUUACCCUUUUUUAAGUUGUCUGCUGUCUAUUUGAAUCAGGAUUAAUGAUAUCAACAUUGUCUUUUUAUUGCACCAGAGAACAACAAUGCGUCUAUGAUCAUGCAUGUAAAACCUUUUUAAUUUUGUACUAAAAGGGUCAUGAAAAAUGA